AUGUUGGUCAUCAAUAGCACCUCAGUAGUAACACUCAACGCUCCAUGCACCAUUCUAAACAUUUCAAUUGGCUCUUCUGAUACCUCAAACACUGUCCAGGCCACAUUGGAUAUCAUUCAGAAUGGAUCUUUGGUGGUGGAGCAAGGAUCUACAUUCGUUGCCUUUGGAUCAUCGAUUGGAAUCACCGACAAUGCUCAAUUGAACUCUAAAUCCCUUAACAUACAAGGGUCAAUAUCACUUCUCGGCCAGAGUUCAGUCAUUUCUUCAAUUAUCACACUCAAUGGAUCGUUUAUCGUUGACAAUGGAUAUCAAACAAUCAGUGCCAACAUAACAUCAAUUGGAAACUCCAACAUUUCAAUCAACAACUCACAGACGACAUUCACAUCAUUGUCAUCAAUUCAGACCACUGAUCAGUCCACGCUCAAAGUGACCAACUCGAUCCUCUCAUUGGAUGGAAAGAGUACCUUCAACUCAUCGGCCACCAUCACCAACACCACUAUUGAACUUCAUGGAAAUCACCUCUUUGGUUCACAGGCAGUACUUGAACUUGUGGACACCACUCUAAAUGUUUAUCCUACAACCAACAUCACUAUAAACAAUAUCCUAAGGGGAAAGAGAUUGACAUUGAACCUUGAAGGCAAUAUGUACUUUGCCAAGUCAGUUGGAACAUUUGAGUGUGACAACUGUACCAUAACAAUCAAGGGCAAGGGAUUGUUUAGGUUCAACCUAUUCUCCAAGGCCAACAUCACCAACAGUGUCAUCUACAACAAUGCCAAUGUGUUUAUUGCCGCCAAGAUGCUCAUUCCAUUUGGCAACAAGAUAAUCAACACUGGUACACUUGACUACUGUGCCGAUAUCUUUAUCGAUGCACACAACAACACCGUUGGUCCAAAUGAUGACAAUAUCAUCACCAACACUGGUCGUUGGUUAUGUAACACACCAAUGCAUAACUUGUUGAGCACACCAUUCCUCAACACUGGUUCGUUGGAAUUUACAAGAGGAAAUGUAACAUUCAAUCGCCUACAUCAGACCAAUGGAUCAAUCACACUGGCCGGUGGAAAGUUAUAUGCCAACAACACGAUUGAACUGUAUGCUGGAUCAAUCAUUGGAAAGGGAGAGGUCUAUGGCAGUAUCAACAAUCAAGGCAGUAUGGGCAACAUCAACAAUAUCAGUGCCACCGAUAACAUAACAAUCCACGGUGAUCUUGGCCAAUUGAAGGGAGAGAUUACAUUCAACAUCCACACCAACGACACGCAUUCACAGGUAGCAGUUGCCAACCAGUUCAAUGCUACUGACACCAACGUCAACAUAUUCAUCAGUCAGUCGAUAUCCGAGAACACCACAGUGGAUAUAAUGACAUUUGGAUCGUUCGUCGGAAGUGUACCCAACUUUAAGGUGUCCACGUUCGAUCCAAACACUGGCAAGGUGACAACGGUGGCCAGUGACGACUGUCGAUACAAAACAUCGAUGAGUGGACGGUCAAUCUCUGUUUUGGUGGCACCCAACGACAAGUGUGUCGGAGCCAGCAACAACCAAAGUGAUUCAUUCCCAAUAGGUGCAAUCAUUGGUAUCGUCGUUGGUGUUGUGGCACUGGCGACACUGAUAACAUUGGGUAUGAUCUAUCGAACAAAGAUCAGACUGAUGAUGAAGAAGUCCUAUGCAAGCAAGUCUGUCAAGAUGACCAGCAAGGAGGAGGAUUUGUAA